AUGUCUACCCACCAAUCCAUCAAGCGGAAGCCGGUGGCCUUACCUCCUCAAGAAACAGGCAUUAUCCUAACCACAGCUCCACGACCACAAACCUCCAACGGAAAGACAUCAAACACACCAACACCAACACUCAGACCAACCACCAGCCAUGGAAGACCCCCCGAACCAUAUGCACCACCACCGCCCUACUACCAAGGUCCCAAUGUCGCACCCCCAGUACCAAAAUCCCCAAUCAACCUCCGACCACCGCUCCAAACAAGCCUUUCAACCCCACCCCUCCGCAACCACAAAAGCACCCCCAAUCUGCGCAAUCCGCCAUCCGCCCUCACCCGCUCCGCAACCGAGCUCCCUCCCCCGGGCCCAAACGCCAUCCAAAAGGCCUACGGCGAAGUCUCCCACUUCCUAGGUGGUCUAAUCGCGCACCCGACAGAAUCGACCCGCCACUACACAAUCCUCCGACACUCCCACGGAAUAGUCUUCUACCGCGGCAGCACGACCUCAAUCGCCAUAUCCAUUUUCUCCGAUACACCUCUCCCCGCAGACAGGACAUACUUCCUCCAAAGCCGCGGCUGGACCGGGAAAACAGGCAUGAAAGCGAAGGCCCUCUUCCGUCUAACAGAUGACUGGCUAGACGUGACGCCCUCAUUCGCACUUCGCGCAAACCAAGUCUCUCCGGGCGAUGAGCGCGCCUGGCAAAGAGACAUUAACAAAUUCCGAAAAAAGGCGCCGUCAAAGCUACUAAGCCACAAACUCCGCGAGACCAUUGUCGCAAGAAUCCCCGCCGAGGCAGGCGACGGCUACUUCCAACUGAACCUCUGCCAAUCCGCGAAGAAAAAGGUCCUCUGUUCGAGCCCCGUCUUCAGGGUCCUAAGUACCUCGCUAGACCCCAGUUCACUGCGCGGCGCAAGCCUAUCAACCAUGCCCCUCGAGGUCGGCGCAAUGGUCCUAAGUACAUACGCCCAAACAGCAGCGCAAGCGAUCCUUAACCCUGUUACAUCGGCCGUCUCAAAUAGACUGUCACCCUACAAACCAGGCACAGUCACACAAACAGCAGCAGAAACAGCAUACUCCCUAAGCGGGGUGGAAGAUAGCGUCGCGCGCAUAAGAAACCGCAGAGGCAACGAUGAUUCAGCUCCCGCCGACGAGAGGGAGAGUCGAGCCAGACAAAUCCAACAAUACCAAAAAGCCGCGGCGUUGGAAAACGGCCCGCAGUCCCCCUUCCCGAUGGACUUCAAAGCGCGGACUCAGCCCCAAACUCAGGGCCAAUUCGGCGAAACCUCGCGGUGCACACUUACCAAAGUCCCGGAUACAGUAUUGGACAAAUUGCGCGGGUAUUUCCUCGCCUGGGCACGCUACGACUUCGACAGGAGGCCAUCAAAUACACCCCCUAAGUCACCUAUUCAGUCUCCAAGUUCACCAUACGCUCCUUACAACCCCGACGCAGCAUAUCUAACGCCAUCCAACCUUCAAGACCUCCAAACCCAAGGUCAAAAAAGCCCCUGGUACCCAACAAUCCUCUCCAUCAGCCCCCUAAACCCAUCACACCAGAGCAGGGUAAACCUCAACUCAGCGAUGCAAAAAACAACUCUGCUCCGGUUCAUUGACGAAAUCCAUAUCCCGACUUCAAGCAGGGUGCAAAUCCGCGUCAUGUGUUUUCUGCGGCCGGAUAUCCCUCCUCCGUCUCCGUCUGGGAUGACGGAGAGGGAUCUUCUCGUUGCGCGAGAGAGGGCAGCCGAGGCGGAGAUGCUGGCGGGUGCAUGUGACAUUGACUGUGCGCAGGGGAUCCUUGAGCAUCCGGCUUGGGCACCGGAAGUGUUUAGUGCUCCUGAGCGGCAGGGAGGCUGGCUUGGUCGCACGAGAGAGGGGAUGGAGAAUGCAAGGACGCGAACGGAGAAGAUGGUUGAGAAAGUGCCGCUCCAUUGGAUUGGGGUUCGGUCGGCGACGGCGGAGAUGCGGGAUCGACAGGUGGAGGUUAAUGGGUUUUACAUUGUUCGAUAG